GAAAUCACUGGAGAUCAGAGUAAAAUCUGUACAGAUUAUGAGUGUGAUGAGAGAUUCAGAGACAGACUGAAGGUAAAUCAGCAGACUGGAUCUCUGACCAUCAUGAACACCAGAAGCACAGACUCUGGACUUUAUGAACUACAGAUCAACAGCAGCAGAAUCAGCAUCAUAAGGAGAUUCAGUGUUACUCUAUUUUAUGGAGGGUCAGUGUCUGUGAAGGAGGGGGAUUCAGUCACUCUACCCACUGAUGUUAAAACAAACCUACAAGAAAAGAUUAGAUGGUAUUUUAAUGACUUUCAAAUAGCUGAAAUCACUGGAGAUCUCAGACAUAUCUGUACAGAUGUUCAGUGUAAAGAUAGUGAUGAGAGAUUCAGAGACAGACUGAAACUGGACAAUCAGACUGGAUCUCUGACCAUCAUGAACAUCAGAACCACAGACUCUGGACUUUACCAUCUACAAAUCAGCAGCAUAAGAGGCAAAAUCAGUACAAAAAUCUUUAUGGUUGCUGUAUAUGGAUUUUCUGGUGUUGGUUCAGAUGGAGUAUCAGCGUUUGUGAUGGAGGAAGAUUCAGUGACAUUGUACACUGAUGUUGAAACAAACCAGCAGAAAGGUGUUAGAUGGUAUUUUCAGUACACUUUCAUAGCUGAAAUCAGUGGAGAUCUCAGUUAUAUCUGCACAGAUGUUCAGUGUGACGAUAGUAAUGAGAGAUUCAGAGACAGACUGAAGCUGGAUCAUCAAACUGGAUCUCUGACCAUCAGAAAUAUCAAACAGACAGACCAUGGCAUUUACGAACUACAUAUCAUCAGCAGCAGAAGAGAGAGUAAUCAUCAGAACUUCAAUAGAAGAGUCAGUGAAAAGACCUUUGGUAUUUCUGUUCAUAAUGUUUCUGCUGCUGAACGAGAUGAAAUGAAGAGAAAGUCAGCGAAGGAGGGAGAGUCUGUCACUUUAAAUUCUCAUUUCCAGAUUGUUGUUGGCACACCCCACAGCCAGGUGAAUGUUGAUGAAGGCUCGUCCCCUGAUCAGACAGACUCUCUAUUGAUGACUCCUGCCACAGAUGCCACCGAUGAGACACCACAGUAA